GCGGAGCAUCCACCGCAGCAACGAGUGUCACGUGACCACCCUGUCUGCUGCUGGCGAUUGACGCGUGAGAGCAGAUUUUUCUAUUUUGUACAUACAGAGUUUUGUAUAUACUGUAUAUGAUGAGCUUGCUGGGUGGCGACAAGGCCCGGGGCCCUCGGGAAAAGGCUCCGCCCGCUGCCACUCACACAUCACAACCACAAAAACAGAUACAGGCUACCGCAGAGCAGAUCCGGCUAGCCCAGGUGAUUUAUGACAAGAAUGAUGCUGACUUUGAGGAUAAAGUCAACCAGCUGAUGGAGGUGACUGGGAAGAACCAGGACGAGUGCAUGGUAGCGCUCCAUGACUGCAAUGAGGAUGUUAGCAGAGCCAUCAACUUCCUCCUCGAGAGCACUUCAGACAUGACUUCAUGGGAGACAGUGGGGAAGAAGAAGCCACUGGUAAAGGAGGCUCCAUCAGAGAGCAAAGAGAACAAGGAGAACAGGGAGAAGAAAGGAGAGAGGGAGGCGAGCAAAGGCCGUGCAGCUACCAACCGCAAGGGCAAGGGAGGCACACGCAACCGACAGGUGCGUCCAGAAGAGAAUGGUGUGGAGGUGACGCUCGUGGACAGAAGUUCAGAUCGAGGUCGCAGGGUCAGAGGUGGCAGAGGAGCUGGAGGCAGAGGCAGAGCACCAGCAGGGAAACGCUUCUCUGCCCAGGGCAUGGGGACUUUCAAUCCUGCCGACUAUACCUCAGAGGCUGGAACAGGGAGCACACAAACUGAGGCUUGGGACACAGUGGCCAACACCAGUACAGAUGGGACAGUUGCCUGGAGGAGUACCUUGGAAGACUGGGCAGCUGAGGACUGGAAUGAGGAUGUCAGUCUCUCUGAGACUAAAGUGUUCACCUCCUCGUGUGCACCUGCUGCUGAGAACCACAUCACACCCGGGCAAAGUCUGGACCUUGCCUCGCUGCUCCAGAAGCCAGUGGUUGGAGGAAGAGAACCACCUUCUUCUUCUCCCUCCCCUCAGAGUCUGGUCUUCACCAACUCCCAGCACCACCACCAACACCACCCGCCGCCCCCAAGCCGCAACACCACCAGUGGCACCAGCUAUGCACACGCUGCUCUGUCAUCAGUUCUGGGAGCUGGCUUUGGGGAGUUAGGUCAGGCAAAGAGGUCUCAACCCAGUGCUGGAGCUCAGAUACUGGAGCAGCUGAAGGGCCCCGGAUUGGGUCCGCUACCCUCCUCCCAGGCUGCACCUCCUGCCUGCACCCAGGGAAGCAACACCUCCAUGGGCCGACUGCCAGGCCUGGGCGCUUCUGUACCUCCACCCUCGUCCUCUAGCUGGGACAUGAAGGCUUCAGAAUCCAACAGUACCUCACUGUCCUCUCAUUUCAGCCGUGAGUUUAGCUUGCAGCCAGAGCCCUCUCUUGUGCUGAGCCAGCUGGUUCAGAGGCACAAUGGCCCCUCCUUGCCUCUAGCACGCCAGUCUAGCCCGCCAUUGCAACACCAAGCACCCCCUGCUUCGGCUUCACCUGCUCCCCAGCACGUCGGCACGCCAGCACAGGCAGGCCCAGGGAUGACUGUUGCUGGUGUCAAAGCUCCUGCUCCCAAUGCCGGGCUGGACCCUCAGGGCGGCAGUACACCACAGCAACAACGAGCACAGCUCAAAGGCCAGAAACGAAGGAUACCUCCUACAUCAAAGAUCCCCUCUACAGCGGUAGAGAUGCCAGGCUCAGCUGACGUACCCGGUCUAAACCUCCAGUUUGGAGCUCUAGACUUUGGCUCAGAGUCGGCCCUGCCCGAAUUUGGAGUUGUGGACAACUGCGUGAGUCCAGUGUCCAGGGAGUCCACUCCAGCCCUCGCCCCAGCACCGCCUGCCCCAGGACCAGUGACACAGAGCCAGACUAGCUUAUACUCCAAACCAGUCAGUGAAUCCCUGGGCAGCCCUCUUUCUGUCACCCUGCCUUUGCCCCUCUCCUCAUCAGACCCAGUAUAUCACUCCUCCUCGAUGGCUUUGUCCAGCCUCACCCCCUCCUCAUUAGGGACGACCAGCACCACCAAUCCACCCUCCUCCUCCUCAACAUCCUCCAACGCCUCUGCCUCUGUAUCUUCCUCCUCCCCCUUCUCCACAGUAGGAGGAAGUUACGAUGGGACCAUGCCCCAUCACACGCGGCUGGCUUUUUCCCAGAGUAAAGAGACCACAGGGCCAGUCAUGAAUGGUUUGAAUGGUGCAAGGACCUCUGCUGCUCUAGACACCUCAUCAGCGUCCUCGACACCAAAGCCAGAGUCGCCGUCUCUGAACAUCAGCACCAACGGUGCCCCAACACCCUCGUCCCACUUAGCCUCCACGCUUCCUGCACACAGCUCCACCUCUCUGUCCAGCCUGGCACAGGACCUGCCGUCAGCCAGCCAACUCAACUCACUCAACAGCCACGUCAGCAGCCAUUCCUCAGUUUCAGCUCUGGGCUCCAGCUCCGUCACUUACACUAGUGUUGAGAGCAGCAGCUUGAACUCCCUAGCGCCCUCCUCUGGCUCCUACACCUCCUCACAGCCCUCAGUCUCAGCACACCACUCGGCUCAUCACAGUAGCAACAGUAGCAUCAGCCACCUGGCUAACAUGCCCAGCAUGGGAAGCCACAUGAGCAGCAUUGCUGGACUUCACUCUCCUGCCAAUGCUGCCGCUGUCAGCAGCACAGCACUGGGACUUGGCUCCAAUGGAGCUAUCGCCACUAACAACCUCUCUGCACCAAGGGCCACAGCCCUGCUCUCCUCCUCCACUGGUAAAGCCCCUCCUAACCUGUCCCAGGGAGUGCCUCCUCUACUGCCCAACCAGUAUAUCAUGGGCCCAGGAGGGCUGCUGCCAGCAUACCCACAGAUCUAUGGCUAUGAAGACCUCCAUGUGCUCCAGUCCAGACUGCCAAUGCCCUCUUUGCAGGAUUACUAUGGAAUCACAUUCCCCGGCCCCACAGCAGCAGCUCUCUCUGGGAGAGACGGGGGCCUUGCCAACAACCCCUACUCAGGUGAAGUCACAAAGUUUGGCAGGAAUGACUCCACCUCCCCGGCCCCCCCAACAAAUCUGGCAGGCCAACAGGCUGCCCAGGCCCAGAGCCAAGGCCAGAACCAGGCCCAGCCUCAGCCUCCUCAGGCCCAGCCUCAGCCGCAGGGUCAGCCACAGCACCACAACAGUCAGCAGGCCUUUCUGCCUCCAGGCUACAGCUACACAGGCCUGCCUUACUACCCCGGUGCUGUGCCCAGUGCUGCCGCUUUCCAGUACGGCCCCACAAUGUUUGUUCCUCCCGGAGGCCCCGGACCGGCUUCAGCCAAGCAGCACAGCAUGGGCCUCGGCCUGGGAAACCCGACAGCCAGCCCUUUCCAGCAGCAGACGCAGCAGCCCAGCGGCUAUGGCCAGCACACCUUCAGCUCAGGGUAUGAGGAGCUGACGGCAGGCCCAGCUGGAGUGGAUUACAGUAAAGGCUACAACUCCUCGUCACAGGCACAAGCCAAAUCUGCUGUUACUGGACCAGGGAAAGGAGUCUCAGUGACGUCCAGUAACUCGGGAGUACCAGACAUCAGUGGAAGUGUUUACAAUAAGACUCAGUCUUUUGAUAAGCAGGGUUUCCAUGCGGGGACUCCUCCUCCCUUCAGCCUCCCAUCAGCGCUGGGGGGUCCGGGCCCUCUGAACCCUGGAGCUGCCCCUGGAGGCUAUGCACCAGCCCCGUUCCUCCACAUCCUGCCUCACCAGCAACCUCACUCACAGCUGCUGCACCAUCAUCUAGCUCAGGAUGGACAGGGUGGUCCAAGCCAGCGCGGUCAGUCCAGCAGCCUGCAGCAGAAGAGCCAAGUCAACAAGUCCAGCUACGGCAGCUCCCCCUACUGGGCCAGCUGAGGUGACCUCUGAUGUGCGUUUGUGUGUGUGUGUGUAUGUGCAUGGACAGACGGACACACACACACACACACAUGACUGACGAAGAUCAUCAAGGGACAACCCAUUUUACAUUUCAAGCUAAAACACACACACACACACACACAUAGUGUGUCCACCCCCUCCCUCCUCCCACUUUACUCUGUAUAUCCCCUUUUCAAAUUUAUGGCUGUUGUAUGUAAAAUAUAUUUAUGUAUGUAUUUAUACAGUAUAUAUGUAUUGGUAGGACAUAAAAUGUGGUUUUUCUGAAUUUUGUUUUAUUUGGAAGGGCAUUUUAUUUCAAAAAAAAUGUGGAAAAGAGGAAAAAGAAGAAUGCUUAAAUCAUAGAGAUGAAGUUGGUGAAUAUACUUGAACACAAACAUCUUGUGAUGUGGAUUUUCUUUUGUAUGCAUACAUGAACUGAGAAUGAUGUACAUAGAUUUUACACAUCAUUUUCCAUGGCAAAGGCCUUUUUUAUUUUAGAAGAAAUAAGUUUUUGUAAUUUUUGGUCUCCCACAUCUGUGAAUCCUGAUACUGAGGGUGACUUGAGUUGAUAGCUUAACUUUUUUCUUAUUGCCCCUUUUCCCUCCAUCUGUCUCAUUUCUCAACUCUUACUAGUUUGGCCGCUCUGACCAGCCUGUCAUUUUAACAUUGGUUUAAUCCUUGUCGUCCAAAUUAAAAGCUCUGACCCGC